CGCUCGGUACGCGCGGGGCGGCGGGGCCGCCAUGGCGGAAGACGAGAGCGACCAGGAGUCGGAGCGGCUCAGCGAGGAGCUGGAGGCGCUGGCCGCGCCGGGGCUCCCGGCCGGGCUGCCCGCUCUGCUCCGCAGCCAGUACUACUGCCGCCGCUUCUGCCAGGUUGUUGAAGACUAUGCUGGGAGGUGCCAGGUGCCUCUGCCUCAGCUGCAGGUGCUGCAGACGGCGCUGUGCUGCUUCACGUCCGCCUGCGUGUCCUUCCCGGCCGAGUGUGAGCACGUGCAGUAUGUACUGAGUAGCCUUGCUUUGAGUUUUUUUGAAUUGCUGCUGUUCUUUGGAAAGGAUGAGUUCUAUGAAGAUCCUUUGAAAGAUAUUUUAGGUUCAAUCCAGGAAUGUCAGAACCUUCUAAACAAAUACAGGAAUCUGAACCUGGAACUAGUGACUCGAAUAAUUCGGGAUGGUGGACCAUGGGAGGAUCCAGUAUUACAAGCAAUUCUUAAAGCAAAGCCUGUGUCACAGGAAUUAGUUAACAAAUAUUUAAGCUCUGAAAAUCCACUGUUCUUUGAACUCCGUGCCAGAUACCUUAUUGCCUGUGAACGCAUCCCUGAGGCAAUGGCUCUUAUCAAAUCUUGCAUAAAUCAUCCAGAUAUCAGUAAAGAUCUGUAUUUCCAUCAAGCUCUUUUCACCUGUCUUUAUAUGUCACCAUUAGAAGAUCAGCUAUUCCAGGAGCACUUGUUGAGGACUGAUUGCAAGAGUGGAAUUGAGAUCAUCUGCAACACUGAAAAAGAAGGGAAGACUACCUUAGCCUUACAGCUUUGUGAAUCCUUCCUAGUCCCACAGCUCCAAAAUGGGGACAUGUAUUGUAUAUGGGACCUGAUCUUCAUUUGGAGUAAACUGCAGCUGAAAUCUAACCCAUCCAAACAAGUAUUUGUGGACCAGUGCUACCAGCUUCUAAGGAUUGCUACAAAUGUCAGAGUAAUUUUCCCUUUCAUGAAAGUCAUUAAGGAUGAAGUUGGUGAAGACGGCCUUCAGAUCUGUGUUGAGAUAUGUGGAUGUGCCCUACAGCUGGACCUCCGUGAAGACCCCAGCAUGAAAAGUCUUAUUUAUAAAGCAAUCGCUCAUUUUCUGCCAAAUGACUUGGAGAUCCUCAGAAUUUGUGCUCUCUCCAUCUUUUUCCUGGAGCGCACCUUGGAAUCUUACUACACUGUUGAGCACUUGUACAAAUGUGCAGAUGAAGAAUACAAUGAGUGCACUAGUUCUGUUCAGAACCGCGUGCGGUUCGAGCUGCUGCCCAUCUUGAAAAAAGGAUUGUUUUUCGAUCCUGAGUUCUGGAAUUUCUUGAUGAUCAAGCAGAAUUGUUUAGCCUUGUUGGGGGAUAAAGCCUUGGAUGGCUUGAGUGAAAGUACACUGGAAAACUCUCCUGCAAACACAGAGAAAACAGCGGAGUACAGGGCUCUGGGUGAGGAACGUGGCUGUUUAACAGAUGUCAGCAAUGGGGAGCUUGACCCUGGAAACUGCUCUGGAGCCCGUUCCAAAGGGAAUGCCAGAAAGAACCACCAAGCUCUUGAGGCAUCCAAAACAUUGGAUCAGGCUGAACCAAGGCACCGCUGUGUGAUCUGCAACAAGGAGUUCCUUGGGGAUCACAUAGUGAAACACGCACAAGCUCACCAAAAAAAGGGCAGCUUCUCCUGCGUGCUUUGCACCAGGAAGUUCAGGCAGAAAGGACUCAUGCUGAAGCACUUAAGGAAUCAUGUCAGGAAGAUAGAAAGGCAACAUCUUGCUGCAGCUCUUGAGGCUGGUCAGGAGGCUCCUGUUCUUCAUGAAGUGCAAUGUUCUGGUGUUUCUGUGUCUCUUGAAAAUGGGAAUUCUGAGGGUUCCAAAGAUACUGAACCAGAGGCUACAGUAGCUGUGGUAGCUCCGAGUUCUGAGCAGGUCCAAGAGGAGGCUGAGAAUGCAGAACAGGUUUUUGAGGCAGUGGAAAACCAUCUAAGUGAGCAGGAUGAUGCUACUGAAAACAGUAGUGACAGCUGCUUUAAUAAUGUUCCUGAUGCAUUAAGUACAGAGAGUUUGCCUGAGGAUGAUGAGAGCUCCAGUAAAGAGUCACCCAUUCUGCAUAAAGUGAAUGGAGUGUUUUGCCCUCAAAAAGAUAUUGAUGCUUUGGAUGAGGAAGGAAUCUUUAAGUGCCCUGCUAAUGGUUGUGCUAGAGUAUUUAAAAAAAUAAGAUUCCUCAACAAACACGCCAGAAAAACUCACCCAACUGAUCUGAAGGUGCAGCAGCAUAUAAUGAAAUGGAAUAAAGGAAAAUGCCGCUUCUGCCAGAGGAAAUUCGCUGAUUCCCAACAUUUUAUAGACCACCUGAAGAGACAUGUGUAUCCAAAUGUUUACUUUUGUUUACACUUUAAUUGUAAUCAGAGAUUUAAGCUGUCGACUGAGCUUGCAGAACAUACAAAAAGUCACAGUGUGUUUAAGGCUCAGUGCAAUUUCUCAAACUGCUGUGAGCUAUUUGAGGAGCUCCCUUUGCUGUAUGAACACGAGGCUCAGCAUUAUUUAAAUAAAACCCCAGAAUGUUCAGAAGAUGCAAGUGAAAAAGAUUCUUCAGAUGAUCCUUCAGAACUUUGUAGUAACCAAGAUGAGGAUGAAUCAGUUAAUGAAAAAGAAACUGUAGAUUUACCAAUUCCAACCUGGAAGUCAAGGAAGGAUUCUGCAGAACCAAAGACAUACAUUCAAAGUGUGGAGAAGAAAGCAAAUAAUGUAAUUCACAAUGGAAAUGAAAGCUCAUCUGAGGGUAGUGCUCCAGUUUUAAGUUUGAUAGACCAAAAGACACCUGUGUUACAGCCAAAUCCUGAAAACUGUCAUGUUGUUAGUGACCAACUGGUCAAUGGGCACAGUGACCCAGAUCAGACAUCAUCCAAGGCAGCCCAGGUACCUUUGGACAGAGUAGCAGAUGAAACAAGGACAGAAAAUGGGUCAGUGUUACCAGUUUUACAGAAUUGUCACGAUGCACCACAAAAUAAUGCUCCUGCAGCCUCACAAGUACCUUCUAAACCAAAUCAGACAACAGAGACUACUUCAUAUGGUGUCAUCUUAACAAAACCCUACGUCAGACCAUUGCCUCCCAGUUACCUUGAUGAACGUUACAUUAGCAUGCCAAAACGGAGAAAAAUUUUGGCUGAUGAGGUAGAUGCUUAUUCUGAACAAGACAAAAUUUGUAGCAAAUCAACAGAAAGGUUUAGAUGUGGCAACUGCUUGACCAUCUACUGUAAUUCAGAAGCACUUGAGGCUCACCUUGCACAAAAGAAGUGUCAGACGCUCUUUGGAUUCGAUUCAGAUGAUGAAAGUGCCUGAUUCAAUGUUGUGGAAAAGUAUCAGAUGAGGAGUGGUGUAAGGAAACACUACAUGAAGCAGCAUCAGUUUGUUUCCCAGUUGGCCUUAAUCAUGAAGCAGUCUCAAAUUCCUAUAGAAAAACAUGACCUUGAUAAAGACAAAGCACAUUUUCUAGACAAAACUCACAAAGGAGUAAUAGGAGCUCUGCAGGUCUUCAGAAAAGUUGCUACAAAACCUCCAAAGUACCAGUUAUCCAAAAAAGCCAUGUUCAUUCCAAAUGUAUGAUUGAAGCUUAAUGGCACAGCUUUUCUAGCAUGAAGGUUGAAGGACGGUGAGGCAUAGAGGGGAUAGGCAGAGGAAAUAGAGGUGUUCAUUGCCUUGUGGAAAUCCCACCAGCCAGUUCUGCAAGCUGCUGUAGUUUGUGUGGUUAAUGGGUACCUGUCCACACAGCUGAGAAGGAAUCAUUCAAGGAGGUGUUAUGUUUUUACCUUAUGGAUAAAUGCAUAAAGAAACCAUGCAUUUUUAAUUAUUUUUUUAAAAGUCUGAGUAUGUGAGUCCAUUAUCUGCUCAAAAGCAUGGAGCUUGUUUCGUAAACUUCUGCUCAGAAUCCAAAGAGGAAUGUGGAAGGAAAUCUUGAGCUAGAUGGGAUGCUGGAAUAGCCAAAAACUUGAAAUACAGAACAAGCAGGGAAAAGAGAGUUGAUGUGCUAUUUUGUGAGACUUGCACACGGUGGCAAUCAGAUGCGUGCAAGAGAAGCCCUUUGCAAGGCUGAGGUAAAAGUGACUCCUGUAAAACAUCUGCUGUAGGUGUGGGAAGACCAACACAAGUGCUAGAUUGUGUGGAUAUUAACAGCAGCUGAUGGAAGCAAGUCUGGAAUGUUGGGAGGGCUAAGCUUGCAGAGUUAAACUAAUAUUCUGCAAGCACAGAGGUCCCUCAGCUGUUGGUAGGACAGACAAGAGCUUGAGAAGGCAAACAGAAGCAGAGCACAUCAGGCUGGGGUGAACAAAAGGGUCAGGAAGAACCUGUUUCACAUCUGUUAUGUUGCUUAAUGGUGGUGGGCCACAACUCAGUACUGUCACUAAUUACUCAUUGUCUAGAAGGGAGAAAACAGGGAUUCUCUCAAUCCUCAAGACACACUGCAGUCCUAUUUCAUAGCAUCCCUUGAAAGGAGAGCUUUUCCCAGAGGCUGGUGAAGGAGUUACUGAAAUGUUAAGCACUUUAUUCACAAUUCACUGUUCACAGAAACAAUCACUAUGUGAAGACGGGAAAUAGAAGUUCUUCAGUUCUGUAUGGAAAAAUGAAAUACAGAAGAUUUUGAAACCAAAAAGAUGCCAUUGUAAUUUUUGGUCUUCCUACCCUAAGGCAGAGGUGUGGCAAACAUGCACAUUGUCCAAUUACUGUGCAAAUUUAUCCUCUAAUUCAUCUCACACUGUCUUGCCACAUCAUAUUUUUUUUAAUUUGGGAUCCCGUUCUAUGGAAAUUGUAGUGGGAUUGCAGGCAGGGGAGGCACAGGGGUGAAGACUGAUGUUCAGUCAUUCCAGAAAUGCAGGACAGCCCAGAGCAACUGUUCCUGCUCAGCUGUCCCCGAAGAGUUUGUCACAGUGUGUGCAGGGCUUAAAUCAACAGGUGGGUGAAAGUUAAUGAGUAAAAAAUCAGGGGGUGCAAAAACCCCCGUUCAUUGUAGCAGUGGCUCACUCUUGGAAACCCAAGGGUUUCUCUGUAGGACUGGCUGUGAAAUAGUUCUGGAACAAACUCAGUAGUUCAGUAAUGCCUCUGCUAAUAAUCCUCUGUAGAACUAAACAGAUAUUUGCAUUAAUUCUGCUUUCUUUCCCCUUCCUGCAAGGAAAAAGAAUGCAAAUUCAAAAUCAUGCUCUUGAGUUCUAGAAGAGUUUUGCCUUAACUUUGAGUUGGAUUAACAUAAAAGGUUAUAAAAUUAUGAUCACAGGUAUGUGUGCAUUACAUGAAUCCCAGUUAUGGCCCACUUCCAGAGAUUUGUAUCAUGUUCAAGGCACCAAAGAAUUUUUUUUGCAGUUGCAAAAAACCUGAUUUAAAUGCAUCAUUCAUUAUAUAUACAUAUAUACACACAAUAUAUAUAUUUACAUGUAUAAAUACAUUAAAAGUUUUAAACAUAAAGUUAAUGGGGUCCUUAUAAGACAAAUGCACUUUCACAUUUUUUACUUUAAGAUACCAACUAAUUUUUAAGGACCCGGGUACUGCGUUGAAUGUUCCAAGGCUCUCCCUUCUUUGCUCGAGAUUGCUUAAAUAUAUUUGGGAAAAGUAGAAAAAAGGUUAAUUUUGAAGUAUUACAGUUCUGAAAAUCUAAAAAGUGAGUCCACAAAGAUGCAACAAAGAUGAUUGUGUAAAAUCUUUUUAAUGUACCUUUUAAUCUUUGGUGCUUUUUUUCCUUUUCCCUGGAGCUCCAUAUGUUUGAAGAUGCUUUAAAAUCAUGAUUGAGACUUGUAUUAUCUUUGGUUUAAGUGUGUAGAUAAAUGCAUCUGUGUACAUGCAUAAACUGUGACCAUAAUUUUUUGUACCUGCAUUAAAAUAAUUUUUGUUCCGAGAUGCUUUUCUGGGACACCACCAUUUGUUUCUCUCAUGUAUUCAGUGUGUACACUCUGGAGAAUAGGAAAAACGAAUUCUUACAUAGGUGAAGAUGAGCAUCACCUAACAAUUAUCAGGAAUCUGUUAAAUUGACUUUAAGUAGCAAGUGGGUGGUAAGGUUUUAAAGUAAUUAUUUUUACUUCAUAAGACAUUGCAUUUUCUUUAAGCUACUCUCUGAUACCUGUUGGUAUUCUCAGAUAGUUGCAGUAUUAAGCAACUUUAAUCACAGGUAAAAAGAUGCUUGGAUCAUCUGUGGAAUAAUUCUAAUCACGUGUGGAAUAAUUCUCCAUGCUUUUUAAGGAUUCUUUAUUAUUUUGAGUAAUACCCCAUACAAAGCCUGCAACUUGUAAGGCUGAAAAUAGUUUACAAGUCUUAAAAGUUGGAGAUUUUUCGUUUGUUUUCUUUUUUAUUUUUCCCCAGACAUUAAGCAUUGUGUGAUAGAAUUGGAAGUCCUUGAAGAUGUAUCACUUUGAUUCAAUAAGUCCUGAAGUACAUGUGUAAUGUAAGCCUCCAGCCUUCCUUAAAGCUGCCUGAAGUUAUCCAUGAGCUUAGGAGCCUUGUUGGAUCAAAGUUGGUGCAAUUCAAUGCUCAUAAUUGUAUUUAAUAACAUUCCUCCAGUUGGAUUUGGACUUUCCUUUUAAGAGUGUCUCCUCUGACCUCAUCAUGUUUCACUGUAAAGGUCAUGGAAUUUCUAAUUUCAAAAAGCUGCAGCUCAGUGUAGGCACCUUUCACAAAAAAAAAAAGAAUACUGAAAGUAGGUUGCAAGUGGUCAUAUCUGUGGGACAAGGUCACUGGUACUUUGGUUAUUUAGCCAUAUUCAUAAAAAUUAUAUGAAUUGUAUAGUUUGGAUAAUUUAUAACAUUAAACUUUGUGAUUUUAAUAUCACAUGGAAGGUUCAGCUGUACUCAUUUCUUUUAUUGUUUAACACCAGUGCUAUGGACAAAAGACCCAAAGGGGGUGGUAGUGUUACUAUUUUCUUAAUUUAUUUGGUACUGUAUAACACCUUUCUGAUUAAAUGCAGUGUAUGCAUUUUGGGACUCUUAAUUUGUAAAAGCUGUUACAGGUUCAGCAAGAAAGGAAAUUUGUGCUUCCUUGUUGAAUGUUAAAUUAUUUUACUUUGCAUUUUAUAUAAGAGUACAAAUUAAAACUGAGCCAUCAAACUGCAAUAAAUCUACAGUAGUGUUUCAUUUUAAAGACCUUUUGUACUGUACAUAGAUUUGUUCAAUAAAACAUUGUCUUUGUUGUUGAUAGAAA